UCUCGUCAUCCUGGAAUUUCCACUUGGGAUUCUGCCAGCUACCUCCAGAACUCCCUAAUAAAAAGGGGCUGAAUCCAGCUGCUGCAGUCUGAGCCUCAUCUGCCAGAGCUUCUGGUCCUGCUCUGAGUGCCCUCACCUAAGGGAAGAUGAAGGUCGCUGCAGCUGUUUUUGCUCUUCUCCUCAUUGCAGCUUCUUGCUCCCAGACUUUCUCUGGUCCAGUUGGAUCCGAUGUCCCAAUCUGCUGCUUUUCCUACACAGCACACAAGCUCCCACAUAGGCGCAUCCUGCGGUAUUACAGCACCAGCACCAGCUGCAUGCUGCCAGCCAUCGUGUUCAUCACAAAGAAAGGCCACCAGGUCUGUGCCAAUCCCAGUCACACCUGGGUUCAAGCUUACCUGAAAAACUUGAACUGAGCAAAGCAAGAUGGCAAGCAUAGCUGCUGUCAUGCAGGAGUUGCAUUUUCCUGAGCUCCUGCGAUGGAGCAGGACACUGGGGCAACAGAAGCUGCUGAGCCCAUGUCACCUGCAGGCUACUACAGGGAACCACUGGAAGGGCACCACAAGACACCUUGUGUUGGGGUGCUGCUGCUUGCCCUUGGCCUGUGUGGGCUAGUUUGCAACCUCAUCCAUCUGCCCUGACCCCUCUGCCUGUGGCCUGGAAUGGCCCGUGGGACUGCACCUCUGUUGUAACAUUUUAAGUUAUUAAGAAAUUGUCAUAUUGGAUAGGCAGUACUUUCUUCUGUGGGUAAUGAUGCUAUUUAUGGGAUAGUGGCAGGGAGGGUAUUUGAGUGAGGGUGGCUCAGAGUCUCAGCAUUGGAUGAUGAGUGGCCCUGGCUUAUAUGUAUGAAAUCAUGAUUCUGGAGAAUAAAGAAUUUAGACAAA